AUGUCUCUCCUGCGCAAACGAGCUGCCCUGAAUUUCAGUCCAACCCGAACGUGCAACGGCCGUCUCCGAUGGAUCAGUCCGAUCCCUUAUGCAGAGGAGCUUCCAAGGGUCGGAUGGUUCCGCUUGCUCCGCGUCGAGCCCGCAGAUAAGCCGACCGAACCGAUGGAGUGUAGACUGGAAACCCUCCGGAUGAAGACUGCGCCGCCAUACGAAGCUUUAUCAUACACUUGGGGCAACCGAAAAGCUGAUAGCCCAAUCACCAUCAAUGGGCACUCAUAUCUGAUUCGUAAGAACCUUCACGAUGCGCUCGUGGCUCUGCGGCAAAGCCACAGUUCUAGGACCUUAUGGAUUGAUGCGAUAUGCAUCGACCAGUCCAAAGACACAGAGAGAUCGCACCAAGUCUGGCAGAUGAAAAACAUCUAUCGUGAUGCGAGCCGCGUCAAGGUCUGGCUCGGCAACGCUUGCGAGGGGUCAGAUCGCGGUAUGGACUUUCUGCGGAAAAUUGACAACGAGGUUGUUAUCAAACACUUCGCCAAUAACAAUGACUUUCGAAGACUUCACCAGCCGCUCUUAUCUCUGAUCGCGGAUCCUAAACAUCGGCCGGACCUUGAGGCAACGCUCGACCUCCUUAGGCGUUCAUGGUGGACGAGGAUAUGGACCUUCCAAGAAAGCGUGCUUGGGAGAGAAGUUGACUGUAUUUGCGGGUCAAAAGAGGUUUCUAUCUCGUCAUUCUCCAAGUUCUCUAGGUUUGUUUUACUCUGUGCCAACUUUGGCGUUUGGCAUGGACCUUCGCUCGAUGCGUCCAUUGCAUUGCGGAUGGCGAAAUGGGUAGGCUCCAUGAGGCGAGCUUUCAAGGCGGACGGCGCCAUCAGCCUUCAAGCUGCCUUGUUGGCAUCGUGGAAUCGCGCCUCAUCCGACCCGAAAGACAAAGUUAUCGGCCUCGUUGGGAUGGUCGACUGGAUCUCCGACUCAGUCCCGGAGUACGGUCAGUCCGUCGAGAAGAUAUACGCGGCAGCAAUGUUUGACUUGUUGGCCUCUUCAAAAAGUCUUGGGGUCCUGGGUUUUAUGUCCGAAAUGCCGGAACAGAGAAACCCGAAACUGCCCAGCUGGGUGCCCGAUUUCGAAGUCCAUUCAAAUACAGGCAGCGAUCAUCUGGCUGCUUUGUCGAGGGACAAGCGAGCGUACAACGCAUCUCUGCAUUCGCCAACCGGCCGAUUCCCCGCGACCGUGGAAAGAGACGGAUCAGUUCUGGUCGUGGAAGGGGUCGAAUUUGAUAACGUCCAACAGAUCGGCGAGAAAGCGCCUGGGUGGGAACUUCUAGAAGAGCCGGGCGAAGAGGAUGGCGCUUGGAAGAGAGCCAUGCGACAGGCUUUAGACAAUUGGCGAUCUAUGGCGGAUGGAGGGGUGCCUUAUCCGACCGGAGAGGAUCGUGCAAGAGCGUUUUGGAGGACUGUUCUGAUGGAUUUGAAACAGGGAGGCAUCUUCAAGUCUUCUUACGCGGCCGGCUCGAAGAGACUUGAUGAGUCGGAUAUGACUUGGGUCUUGAGCCUUGAAAAGCAAGAUGCCCUCGAUCAACUGCUACUUGCGUGGGAGAAUGCUUGCAGGUCUCGGUUGCGACGACUGCAAAUGAUCGAACAGUUGAACAGAAGGUUCUUCAUGACAGCGCGGGGUUAUUUCGGACUCGGCCCGCCCUCAUUGCAGGCUGGCGAUUCCAUCUGUGUUCUCCGGUCGGGCUUUGUCGCGUAUGCCCUGCGAAAAGCAGCAGACGGCUGUUGGCGAUAUGUAGGCGAAUGCUACGUCCAUGGAAUCAUGGAUGGAGAAGUUAUGAAAGGAGAUGAAGAAGGUCGUCCUGCUCUUCAGACCUUUCGCAUCGAGUAG